GCUGAGACUCAUCUGGUCCUCGAAGCUUUCCUCAAACAGACUCUGUCCACCCCCCACAAACACAGGCCAGGUAGAGUGGGCGGAGCCUAUCGGGACCAAAACAAGUUCAGUUUGAGGCCACAGUCUAGUUCUAAGGGUGGACAUGAGUCUCAGUCUGGAGACAAAGAGGAGAAGAGGAAUGGGAGGAGUGAUUUCUUUUCACAGCUCACACUCAGUCGYUCCAAAGAUCCUAAAUCCCCGCUGACCGGGUCCAGCAGGACCAAACCCCCUCCAGCAGAGGGUUCUCCCUCCUCAUCGUCAGAUGAAGACGACAGUGCGAAGAAAUGGAUGAAGAAAAAAUUGAAGAUGAAAAAAAAGCUCACGCUGACUUUCUUCAAAAAGAAGGAGAAACAUCGGAAAGACUUGAGUUCAGAAGAUGAUCCUAAACUUCCUCCUCAGAGGUCCGGUGAGCGGCCAGGUGGUACAGGACCAGAGCCAACCCGGGUCACCUCUCCCAGUCAUCCUCCUCAGUUCUACAACAAAGUCGCAGGACAACUGGAAAAGAUUGCCAAGUCUAACAAGAUAAAGACACCAAGUCUAGUUAUAAAACCACCAGCAGACGUGUGUGAUAAAGAAGCAGUGGUACAGCAACUUGUUCAGCUGAUCUGCUUAGAGGGAGAUUCGAUGGAUAAAAAGAUCCAGGCAGAUCCAUUUCUACGCUCCAGUUUGAAUCGUCUUUCCUAUGCAUCAUUCGCCAAGGUUCUAGAUGUCUUUGGUAGCAGCGAGGUGUCUGAGGCUCCGCCCUUGCCACCAUCACGCAGUCCAACUCUUCAACGCAUGGCUAUUAGUAUGGAGGUAUCACGACAGAUAGUCACAGCCACAGGAUCCCAACGCACUAAAGGAUAUGCAGAGCGCUACAUGGAGAGCUUCGCCCCGUGGGUCAAGAGCCAUGGAGGAUGGGAGAAUCUGGUAGAUUUUGAUGAUGUGGUGGAGUGUGACUGAUGGUCCAGAUGUCCUCUGAGUCCAAAUCAAAGCUGCUCUGGAUGAUGUUGUCAAAUAAGGUUAAGAUGGGUCGGCUCAACUCCUCAAACCAAACCACACCAACACUACGUGACCUGUACUGUGGAAGAAGAUCGGAACAAUACUUGAACUUUAAUAUCUCAAGUCAACACUAAACUAAACUACAUGUGAACAAAUAAUGAGCUAAAGCUGAGCAGGAGGAACUGUUCUGUGGAGAACUUUGCCAGACAGACAUGUGAGCUAACACAGGCAGAAGAAAACUGCUGAAGAGCUCACUGAGCAAAAACACAGAAACAAAAUGCUUCGAGAYGUGCUGUGAAAGGCUCUGGUUCCUGUUGAGGUGAGCAACAGAUUCCUGUUUUAUUUGGUCAAAUAGAAGAAGAGACCUAGUUGUGUCUUGGUCCAAUGGGCAGGGAAGGGACAGAGUUGGUGGUUUGAUUCUCAGCCUCUGUAAGCCAAAACGUACUCCCUUCCCCAACAGACAAAAGUGUUUGUAUGAUUGACUGAAAAGAAACUGUAAAGAGGUCUGCGAACCUGCAGAGGUAAAAUGGUGUUGUAUUAGUGUGGACCGUUUAUCUGUCACCUGGAUUACACUACACCCAAUCGGACAACUCCUCCUUCAUAUGGUGGACAAACAAAUCAGAAAUUCAUUUCUGAAAACAUUUGGCUGUUGAAUAUGUCAAAGCUGCUGCUUUCUGAAAGUGAACUGAGGAGAAGACAGGCCGUCCUCCUUCAACCCCACUUAGUAAAAUGUUUUACACUGA